AUGAGGCGACCAUCAGUAGGGUUCACCGUGUUCUUCGAGCUCUGGAUAAUUAGAUUGGCAAUGGAGUUACGGGAGGGUGAUAUGACGAAUUUAUUUAUUCUCCUUGCUGAUUUUGAAGACUGGCUGUUGUAUUUCCAAGCACUUGCCUAUAUUUCAUUGAUCAGAAAAGGUACAACAAGGUUACUUCUCUAUCCCUGCCAAAGCUUGGUUUUCAGCUACCAUUGCUCGCCUGAUGAGGUUGUUCCAAGAUUGUAUUUUUACUAUUCUUUGAGUUAUGAGAUGACUGAUGAUCUUGCUGAUAUUCGUGGUAAUCUUCUGUCCUUGUACCAUUCUGUAACACUGCAUCAUAAUGAGUUAGGUCAGGAAACACUUCUGAAUCUCCUGCUUUGCAACUACCUGCACUACAACCUUUAUGACCAAUUAGAUAAGUUGAGAUUAAAGGCGCCAAGAUCUGAGGCACAUUCUUACCAACAGGUUUUAUCUUUUAGUAGUUAUUCUUUUAUAUCACUUGGUUAUUUUACCUUUCUAGAUUAUAUCAAAGCAAAAGCGAUUUCCGUAGUAGUGGCGAGGGAAAUGGGAGCAGCGUAUACCGUUAAAAUGGGGUUGUGGGAGAGCAAUAAAAGCAUCGUGUUUCUAGGCGAAAUGGUGGAAUUCUGCACCCUAGAUGGCGAGA